UGCACCACUGCCGCUGAUCUCGUCCUCACAAGCUGAAGUGUCCUCAGGUUUCACUUGGAUUUACUCAGUAAUGGAUGGCUCCACCAAAGCCAGAUUGGGGAAGUUCAGCCUCGAGGACACCAGGGGACGGAAAACUUCAAAAAGAAGACUCUUUUUAUUAAUAUUUUGGCGUUCUUUUUUCAGAGAAACUUUGGGGAUGUAGCCUUCACCUAUUUCCUGAAUUUGGCAUCCAAACGCCUUUUGGAAAGCACCGUUCUAAAUUUAUCCUGUUCUGAAUCAUCACUUUUGAUAGAUGCAGUUGCUUUGUUUGCAUUGUGAUAUUUGAUUUUGUGCAACGUUACUUGGGCUAACUUUUGAUAUUUUACUUUUUGUUUAGAAUUUGAAAGUAGUAGUCAUUGAAAAGAGACUCAAAGAAAAUACUUGAGGACAUCCAAAGCCGGAUUAGAGGAUAUAACGUGUUUUGUUUUAUUUUUUCAUUAGAAAAAAUAAGGAAUUGCAGUGUGAUUUUUUUCCCCCCUUUAACUUAGAGGAACAAGGAUUUUACAGAUAUUUGAACUCCAGAGCUGUUUCUUCUAAAUACAGAUUAUUCGCUGAGCUACAGUGUACUUGGGCAGAGCACCCAGGGAUGACAGCACUGUCCCCAACCCAGUCUCACGAGUAGGGAGAUCAUUUAUCAGUGCACGUGAUUCCGCUGUAAUUGAGCCCAGCACACAGAGGCGCUCCCUCCAACCCAUCACUGCUGAUUCCUAGCUCCUUGAGCCCUGCCAGUGAAUGGGACAGGAGGAGGGGGAGGAAGGCUUUGAGAUGUGCUGUGGCUGUCGCAGUACAGGUGAGCUAGACGUCUGAGCUUCUUUCAAAACUGAGAGCAAUAUCUUAACAUUGGUGAUAGCUGUACCUCCAGACAACAACCCCUUCAAAGACUUUACAGUCCUUUUAUGGAAGAACGUACUCUCUCUGGGCCUUUGUGGCCAGAAGCCAGGCUGCCCCACAGCUGGGAAUCAAGGCAAGAUCUCAAUCAGAAAAACUUAAGCUUCACUGGAUCCCCACAUCAAAGAACAGUUCUAAGCUUUCAGAAAUUCUCACUUGAAGAUAAGGAACAACUUGCUAACCACAAAAGAGGGACCGAUGCUAAGCUUUUAGCUGCACUUCCUAAAGUUGCAGAAUUAAGAAAACUCUUUGAACCAAAGAAAAAAGAAUUUUUAGAAAUGAAAAGAAAAGAAAGAAUUGCCAGGCGCUUAGAAGGAAUUGAAAAUGACAAUCAGCCCAUCCUCUUGCAGAGCUGCACAGGGUUAGUGACUCAUCGGCUGCUGGAGGAAGACACACCCAGAUACAUGCGCGCCACCGACCCUGCCAGCCCCCACACUGGCCGGUCAAAUGAAGAGGAAGAAACUUCUGAUUCUUCUGUAGAAAAGCAGACUCGAUCUAAAUACUGCACAGAAACCUCAGGUGUCCCUGCUGGUGACUUAUCCCAUGGCUCAGGUGCCAUGGACACCCACAGCCUGGAGUCCAAAGCUGAAAGAAUCGCAAGGUACAAAGCAGAAAGGAGACGGCAACUGGCAGAAAAAUACGGGCUCACUCUGGAUCCUGAAACCGAUUCUGAGUAUUUAUCUCGAUACACCAAGUCCAGGAAGGAUCCCGAUGCUGUUGAGAAACGGGGAGGCAAAAGUGACAGAGAGGAAGAGUCGAGCCAAGAUUCGUACUCCAGGACAGAGACGAUGGGGCUUAGGACCUGUACGGAUGAAUCCAAGGACCAUGCCCUCCAUGGGAGUGAAGGCAUAUCUGACAAGGAGAUGCUGCUAAACGUGGAAAACCAAAGACGCGGUCAAGAGCUGAGUGCCACCCGGCAGGCCCAUGACCUGCCCCCGACGGCUGAGAGCUCCUCGACCUUCUCCUUCUCUGGACGAGACUCCUCCUUUACUGAUGUGCCAAGGUCCCCAAAGCAAAGGCACAGCUCCUCCCUGCAGCAGCCAGCCUCCCCGAGCCACUCCAUUGGUGACACGCCACUGCCCUCUGAGACUCGAUCCAGUACAGGGAAACUCAAACAUGAGUGGUUUCUCCAGAAAGAUUCCGAAGGGGACACACCUUCGCUUAUCAACUGGCCUUCCAGAGUUAAAGUUAGAGAAAAAUUGGUGAAAGAGGAGAGUGCUCGCAGCAGCCCUGAACUCGCCUCCGAGUCCUUAACUCAGAGGAGACAUCAGCCAGUGUCCGUCCAUUACCUGUCCUUUCAGUCAGAAAACUCGGCCUUUGAUAGGGUCACGGGGAAAGCAGCCAGCUCCGCACGACAGCCGAUCCGUGGCUAUGUCCAGCCAGCAGAUCCCGGUCACACUGCCAAGCUGGUGGCCACAGAAACCCCAGAAAAUGUGUCUGAGUACAGCUGGGUGGGAGAAGCCACCCAGAAUGUCAUACAGCCUCCCACCUUGAAGGUUCAAGAAGGUGAGAGAAGGGACACCCCAGUUCUGCAUAUUUGUGAAUCAGAAGCAGGAGAUGUGCUCUUCACUGACGCUCUCGAGAAAAGCGAGAAAACAGUUUUGACUUUGGAGGAUGAUGGGUUCUCCAGAAGCCACGAAGACCCCUCUGGAAGUGAGGACUUGGGUAAGCCUGCUGUGACCACAAUCACCUUAGAAUAUCAGAAGGAACCAGAAAGUACGUCACACCCACCUCAAGCUCAGCACCAGCCCACUGAGAGAAUGGGCAGGAGCAAAACGGUUUUGUAUGUUCAGAGGGAGCCCAUUUCCCAAGAUGCCCAAUUGACCAGUCACAAAAAAGAAGCAUCUACGAAGAAGCACAAGGUUCUCACCCGCUCCUUGUCUGAUUACACGGGUCCCCCUCAGCUUCAGGCCUUGAAGUAUAAGGAGCCAAUUUCCAAGCGAGAGCUGGAGCUGCAGAGUUCCAAGGCUGAAGGGCCCUCUGCAGAAAUUGGCAUGCUGGACACAAAGGUCUCUGUCGCCCAGCUCCGAAAUGCAUUUCUGGAGUCUGCCAGGGCCAGCACGAAACCUGAACUCCAAUCACGGGUUCAGAGGUCAACCGAAGGAGUUGGCUUGCCUACCGGUGUGGAACGGGAGAGAGGGUCCCGGAAACCAAGACGAUAUUUUACUCCUGGUGAAAGUAGAAAAACUUCUGAGAGAUUUAGAACUCAACCUAUAACCUCAGCAGAACGAAAGGAAUCGGAUAGGUGUACUUCAAAUUCAGAAAUACCAUCUGUUGAGGAUGAAGAAAAUGUAGAUGAACGAGCCAAGCUGAGUGUUGCUGCCAAGAGGCUGCUGUUCAGGGAAAUGGAGAAAUCAUUUGAUGAACAAAAUGUUCCAAAGCGACGCUCAAGAAACACAGCCGUGGAGCAGAGGCUACGCCGGCUGCAGGACAGAUCCCACACGCAGCCCAUCACCACCGAGGAAGUAGUCAUUGCUGCCACUGAACCUACCCCUGCUUCGCGUUCUGGGGUCACCCACCCUGUAAUGGCAAGACUUCCUAGUCCCACUGUAGCUAGGAGCACUGUGCAGCCUGCCAGAUUGCAGGCAUCUGCUCACCAAAAGGCUUCAGCCAAAGACCAGACAAAUGAGGGCAAAGAUUCUGCUGAACCAGGAGAACCUGAUUCCUCCACUUUGAGCUUAGCAGAGAAGUUGGCCUUGUUUAACAAAUUGUCCCAGCCAGUCUCAAAAGCUAUUUCUACCCGAAACAGAAUAGACAUAAGACAAAGGAGAAUGAAUGCUCGCUAUCAGACUCAGCCAGUCACGCUUGGAGAGGUGGAACAGGUGCAAAGUGGGAAACUCAUUCCUUUCUCACCUGCGGUUAACACAUGUGUAUCCACCGUGGCAUCAACGGUGGCUCCGAUGUAUGCAGGGGAUCUUCGGACAAAGCCAUCUCUUGAUGACAAUACAAGUGCCACUGACUAUAAGUUUAUUUCUUCAAUAGAAAAUUCAGACUCUCCGGUUAGAAGCAUUCUAAAAUCACAAGCCUGGCAGCCUUUGGUAGAGGGUAGUGGGAGCAAAGGAAUGUUGAGAGAAUUUGGAGAGACAGAAAGCAAGAGAGCCUUGACAGGUGGAGACAGGGGUGUUAAGAAGUAUGGGUCCUUUGAGGAAGCAGAACUGUCCUACCCGAUCCUGAACAGAGUCAGGGAAGAAGACAGCCAUAAGGAAACCAAAUAUGCUGUGCCAAGAAAAGGAAGCCUGGAACUAGCUAAUCGUCCCAUGGCCCAUCUUGGUGAUGAACCGAAGGAAUUUUCCACUGCUAAAAGCAGUGUGCAAGGGAGCCCGGAUUUGAAGGACAGGCAGCCCUUUGAAGAGAAGGUGGACGUGGGAAGGAAGUUUUCACUAAGAGCAGAGUUUGGGGAGCCCACCUCUGAGCAGACAGAGACAGCUGCUGGAAAAACUGUUGCUCAAACCACAACCCCAAUGUCCUGGAAGCAACAAGACUCUUCAGAACAACUACAGGAGAGGCACUAUAAGACUCCCUGUGCAAUGUUUGCUGCUGGAGAGAUCAAGACGCCAGCGGGGGAGGGCAUCCUUGACUCAACCGGCAAAACCAUGUCAAUUAAAGAAAGGCUGGCACUGUUGAAAAAGAGUGGCGAGGAAGACUGGAAAAACAGACUGAACAGGAAGCAGGAGUACGGCAAAGCACCUGCUGCCAACAGCCUGCACAUCCAAGAGGUGGAACAGUCCCUGAAGAAGAAGGAAGAAGGAGGAUUUACAGAUGGUAAUGCCAUGUCUAAUCUGCUUUGGCGGGUCACAGAAAGUCGAGAGAGCCAAAUGACCAUUGAGGAGAGGAAACAGCUCAUUACUGUGAGAGAAGACGCCUGGAAGACCAAAGGCAGAGGAGCAGCCAAUGACUCCACCCAGUUUACUGUGGCUGGCAGGAUGGUGAAAAAAGGUUUGGCAUCACCCACUGCCAUAACUCCGGCAGCAUCCCCCAUUUGCAGUAAAACAAGGGGCACUACACCAGUUUCCAAACCCCAAGAAGAUAUUGAAGCCAGACCAGAUAUGCAGUUAGAAUCGGACCUGAAGUUGGACAGACUGGAAACCUUUCUCAGAAGGCUGAAUAACAAAGCUGGUGGGAUGCAGGAAACAGUACUCACUGUGACUGGUAAAUCUGUAAAAGAGGUGAUGAAGUUGGAUGAUGAUGAAACCUUUGCCAAGUUUUACCGCAGCGUGGACUGUAAUACACCAAGAAGUCCUGUGGAGCUGGAUGAGGACUUCGAUGUUAUUUUCGAUCCUUAUGCACCCAAAUUGACGUCUUCCGUGGCUGAGCAUAAGCGUGCAGUUAGGCCCAAGCGCCGGGUGCAGGCUUCCAAAAACCCCCUGAAAAUGCUGGCAGCCAGGGAAGACCUCCUUCAGGAGUACACUGAGCAGAGAUUAAACGUCGCCUUCAUGGAGUCAAAGCGGAUGAAAGUAGAAAAGAUGUCCUCCAACUCCAACUUCUCAGAAGUCACUCUGGCGGGUUUAGCCAGUAAAGAAAACUUCAGCAACGUGAGCCUGCGGAGUGUCAACCUGACAGAACAGAAUUCCAACAACAGUGCGGUGCCCUACAAGAAGCUGAUGUUGUUGCAGAUCAAAGGAAGAAGACACGUGCAGACCAGGCUGGUGGAACCUCGAGCUUCGUCGCUCAACAGCGGGGACUGCUUCCUUCUGCUCUCGCCCCAUUACUGCUUCCUGUGGGUAGGAGAGUUCGCGAAUGUCAUAGAAAAGGCCAAGGCCUCAGAACUUGCAACUUUAAUUCAGACAAAGAGGGAACUUGGGUGUAGAGCUACUUACAUCCAAACCAUUGAAGAAGGAAUUAAUACACACACUCAUGCAGCCAAGGACUUCUGGAAACUCCUGGGUGGUCAAACCAGUUACCAAUCUGCUGGAGACCCAAAAGAAGAUGAACUGUAUGAAACAGCCAUAAUAGAAACAAACUGCAUUUACCGUUUGAUGGAUGACAAACUGGUUCCUGAUGACGACUACUGGGGGAAAAUUCCAAAAUGCUCCCUCCUACAACCAAAAGAGGUACUGGUGUUUGAUUUUGGUAGUGAAGUUUACGUGUGGCACGGGAAAGAAGUCACAUUAGCACAACGAAAGAUAGCAUUUCAGCUGGCAAAGCACUUGUGGAAUGGAACCUUUGACUAUGAGAACUGUGACAUCAACCCACUGGACCCUGGAGAGUGCAAUCCACUUAUUCCCAGAAAAGGACAGGGGCGGCCUGACUGGGCAAUAUUUGGGAGACUUACUGAACACAAUGAGACUAUUUUGUUCAAAGAGAAAUUUCUUGAUUGGACCGAACUGAAGAGACCUAAUGAGAAGAGCAUUGGGGAACUUGCCCAACAGAAGGAAGAUCCCAGGGCUGAGGUCAAGUCCUACGAUGUGACGCGGAUGGUGGCCGUGCCCCAAAUGACCCCUGGCACUGUCCUGGAUGGCGUGAAUGUUGGCCGUGGCUAUGGCCUGGUGGAAGGGGAUGACAGGAGGCAGUUUGAGAUUGCCACCGUCUCUGUGGACGUCUGGCACAUUCUAGAAUUCGACUACAGCAGGCUCCCCAAACAGAGCAUCGGGCAGUUCCACGAGGGGGAUGCGUAUGUGGUCAAGUGGAAGUACAUGGUGAGCACUGCAGUGGGAAGUCGGCAAAAGGGAGAACAUCCCGCCAGGGUGUCCGGCAAAGAGAAGUGUGUCUACUUCUUCUGGCAGGGCCGGCACUCGACUGUGAGCGAGAAGGGAACGUCAGCGCUGAUGACAGUGGAGCUAGACGAAGAGAGGGGAGCCCAGGUCCAGGUUCUCCAGGGCAAGGAGCCCCCGUGUUUUCUGCAGUGUUUCCAGGGAGGGAUGGUGGUGCACUCGGGAAGACGGGAAGAGGAAGAAGAAAAUUCGCAAAGUGAGUGGAGGCUGUACUGUGUGCGGGGAGAAGUGCCCAUGGAAGGGAACUUGCUGGAAGUGGCCUGUCACUGUAGCAGCCUGAGGUCCAGGACUUCCAUGAUCGUUCUCAAUGUAAAUAAGGCCCUCAUCUACCUGUGGCACGGAUGCAAAGCGCAAGCCCACACGAAGGAGGUCGGGAGGACUGCCGCAAAUAAAAUCAAGGAACAAUGCCCCCUGGAAGCAGGACUGCAUAGUAGCAGCAAAGUGACAAUACAUGAGUGUGAUGAAGGCUCCGAGCCACUGGGAUUCUGGGACGCUUUAGGAAGGAGAGACAGGAAAGCCUACGACUGCAUGCUUCAAGAUCCUGGAAGUUUUAACUUCGCACCCCGCCUGUUUAUCCUCAGCAGCUCCUCUGGGGAUUUCUCAGCCACGGAGUUCGUGUACCCUGCCCGAGCCCCGGCUGUGGUCAGUUCUAUGCCCUUCCUGCAGGAGGACCUGUACAGUGCACCACAGCCAGCGCUAUUCCUGGUUGACAACCACCACGAGGUGUACCUCUGGCAGGGCUGGUGGCCCAUCGAGAACAAGAUCACUGGGUCUGCCCGCAUUCGCUGGGCCUCUGACCGCAAGAGCGCCAUGGAGACAGUUCUCCAGUACUGCAGAGGAAAAAAUCUCAAGAAGCCGCCGCCCAAGUCUUACCUUAUCCAUGCUGGCCUGGAACCCCUGACAUUCACCAAUAUGUUUCCCAGCUGGGAGCACAGAGAGGACAUUGCCGAAAUCACAGAGAUGGAUACGGAAGUUUCGAAUCAGAUCACCCUGGUGGAAGAUGUCUUAGCCAAGCUCUGUAAAACCAUUUACCCCCUGGCUGAUCUCCUAGCCAGGCCACUCCCAGAAGGAGUUGAUCCUCUGAAACUUGAGAUUUAUCUCACUGAUGAAGACUUUGAGUUCGCGCUGGACAUGACAAGAGACGAAUACAACGCGCUGCCCUCCUGGAAGCAGGUGAACCUGAAAAAAGCCAAAGGCCUGUUCUGAAGAAGAUGCUGGAGGAAGCUCAGUGGUCACUUUCCAUACCAGUGAACCAGGAAAAUGGCUAUUUUUUUGGACUGGUAUUUCAUUUUAAAAAGUAUUUUUAAAUCAGAGUUUUCAAAACCUGAUGUUAUUAACUGUACUGUUUGUUCCAGAGUUGUGUAUUUUGUAAAUGUUUAAGAGAACUCUUUGGAAACGUUCUUUCCACAGUUCAGCAGGUGAUGUUAGCACAAGUAUCUGUCAUGUGCACUUAAGCAGUGACCCUCAGCAGCUGCUACACCACUGCCCUCUUGUUCCAGCUAGGCAUUACCAUGUUUUUGGAAGCAGUUCUCUUUAUAAAGUGUUAUUUUGAUAGUUUGUGGAUUCUAAAAUAUAUAUAUAUUUAUACAAACACCAAUAUAAGUCAAAUAUGUAUUUAACAAAGCAAUAUGUAUUCAUUCACUUUGAAGGGUUUUGUUUGUCUGGUUUUUUUUUUGUUUUUUUUUUUUUUUUUUUUGGUGUCAACAUAUUAAGAGGUAGACGGAGCUGCUUCUGUCACCGGUAUGUAUCUUCAUACACGUUCAGAAACGUUUCCUUCAGCGUUAGGUAUGACCCGUUCUGAGUACUGCUUCCGGUGCUACAGUGAACAAAGAAUUUGUACUUAAUGGCAUGGACUCUGAAGAAUCUUUGCAAAUCAACCUUUCUACCUUAAUAUCUCCCCCCAAAAAUGUAUAGUGCCUUGUUUUUAUGUACAGUUUAUAUACAGAAAAGUUGGCUUUGCAUUUUUGAUGAUGGUUUGGAACAUUAUCUACAAUUUUACUCUCAACUAGUAGAAAUAAAAACAUCUCAAUUUCUAAUACCUGUGGUAGACAUUACACAUGUCAUUUUGUGAUAUAGGACUUCAAAAUAAAAGCUGCAGAAUAAACACACAGUUACUUGAUUCA